AAUAAACCAAUUAGUUUUCUUCAUUUCCCUCCUCAGGAUAGAAAUAAGGAACUCUGAUUGGUAGAUUCUCUUACGCGUUUUGUAUUAUGCGUUGUGCAGAAGUCUGUGCUCUGGCCCUAAUUAUUUACUUUUUACGUUUGUUUUUCCAUUCCGCUAUUUCGAACUCCAUGUGACCGUACCCUAAUAUAAAAUUAGUGUUUACGCAAUUAAGAGCUGCUAAGUCUUUUGUUGGCCUCUGGAGCCGUUGAAUGUGGUUUUUGUCACUACGAAACUAAUUUUUGACUAUUGGGUCUUUGUACGCGUGAUCCUUGUUUUUCUUACCACUCUUAUUCGACAUAAAGAAUGGCAUAUGGAGAUAUCCACUUCCCCCAGAGCCAGUUAUAGAAGGAAAGAAAGAAACUGAGAGCUGUCAAAAACUUCGUAAUUAUGAUCAAUUUAGAUGAGUAUACGGAACGUAUACGAUUAAUCAGACAAUACGCACUCGACCAUAACGUUUCAGAAAUUCAAACCACAGACAUAUUUCGAACAUGUUUCCAGCAAUUAGAGACGAAAUAUUCAAGAAAGCCAAGCACACUGGCGAAUUUGUUGAAACUUUCUUGUUUACUCAUUUUCGCUUCAUUCAUAUUGCUAACUUUAUGCAGUCAAAAAUGGUUGAGUGAUAUACUCGUCAGACUUUGUCAGAAUUCCAUUUAUCCUAGUUUAUAUAUUUUACGCAAAGUGGCUGUGCCUGUUAUGAGUUUAUAUCCAUCAUUAUCUGAAUUAUAUGAUGAAUGGUGCUUGAUAGAAAAUCCAUAUUUCUAUGUAAAUGAUAUGGAUUGUUUGGCAUGUACUGUAGUUUAUUCUGUACCAGAUUUAACUGGUCACAAUAUCAGUAAAUCUUUCAAUGUCGGUAUACCAUACACUAAAGCUGAAAAUAAUACAGAAAUUAAGAUGAAUGAUCUAGUUAAUAUAUAUUGGAAUAACUAUGAUAUCUUUGAUCAAGAUGCUGAAAAAAUCAUCUCUAAUAAUGAAUCUUUCAAAACCAUACAUGACAUCAUGGUUGAUAGACUAGAUAUGUAUCCAACUAAUUCACUUACCACUCAUAUAUUAUGGAAGAUAAAUCGCAUGAAGCCAAACAGAAUACUACGAAGACUAUUUCCAAAGCCAACUGAGAUUCCAAAUUGGUGGAGUCAAGGCAUAGAGAAAUUUGUUUUUAUUGAUGAAUCAAAAUCACCAUCUUAUGUAUUGCCUAGUCCUGAAUGUAGCAAUAUUGUGAUACGAUGCACAGCUGGUGCAAGACUGAUAAGAAUGAUGCCAAGUUCAGAAUGCAUACAACAUUGUAGAUCAUCUACCAUUCUAUUGUCUGCUGGGCAUACAUUAUGGUACAAUUGGUGGUAUUGGAGACCUGUGAGUCUGCCUGUAUACAAUGCUACUGAUCUCUCUAUCAGUUAUCUAACAUCGUUUUGUUAACAUUCCUAAUAGAAAUAUUCAUAAUCCAAAACAAUAAUGUACACAUGUAUAAAUUAUGUUUAUAUGAAGUUUUAUAUUUUAUUUUGUCUGCAGUUUUUUUCUCAUUAGUUAAUAAUUCUUAGAGUUAAUUUCUCAAUUCAGUUUUGUUUACUUUUAAUUUAAAUAAUUUUCUUUCUAAACGAUAUUCGCAAUUAAAGUAGAAGAUAUAUAGAAAUGAACAACGAUAACAAUAAAUAAGUUAUACGCAAAUUGUGCUUGUGGAAAUUCAAUAUACUACCUCGUACGUAUAACUGUACACAAAUGCAAAUAAUUUCAGCGUAGGACGCAAAAAAGCGGAUUCACAGAACAGCUUUCCAUAUUCACUGGUUGCUUGCAUCAUUUUUACAAAUGUUUCUCUCAAAUCUCCCUUAAAGUUUCAAUAGAUAGGAUAUUUCGCUUCACGACGAUGUGCGAUUGUCGAGGAAAGGUUUCCUCCGCUUGUGUGAAAUAUCGGAAUGUCAUAUUGAAUCCUCUGGUAUCGAAGUCCAAUCCGUGUCUACUCAAACUUCUGUUUGAGUUUCUGUUUAUAUAA